AUGGCUGAGAAUACAUCCCAGAGGGGCGUUGAAUAUUCCAGUUCUACCGCCAAUUCCUCUUACACGACAUCCGCCACGACGUACACCAAUUUCAACGAGCGCUCUCCGUUAUUUGGUUACCCUGAGUGUGUUCCCGAGACUCAAGAAGUUCGCGAAGAUGAAGAUGAAGAUGAACAGCUCAAGUGCGACAAUAACAGAAUACCCGAUGGAGGGCUUGUGGCUUGGACUCAGGUACUGACCGGACAUCUGGUUGUGUUCAAUGUAUGGGGCUAUAUCACAUCGUAUGGAUUCUUUCAGGAAUACUACGUCAAGACCCUAGGUGCUAGCCCGGCCAAUGCCUCCUGGAUAGGAGCGAUGCAGAUGUUCCUCGUCCACUUCCUGGCGACUUUAUCAGGACGGUGGAUGGACGCGGGAUAUCUGCGCCAAUGUAUUGCUCUUGGAUGUCUCUUUCAAGUCGCCGGUGCUCUUGCAACUUCAUUUGGGACUCAGCUAUGGCACUUCUGGCUGGCCCAAGGCAUUCUCAGUGGAAUGGGUCAUGGCCUCGUCUUCAGUCCUAUGAUCUCACUAUAUGCAACCUACUUCUCCACCAAACGAGUGAUGGCUGUGUCACUGGCUUCUUGCGGUGCAGCCACUGGAGGAAUGGUUUUCCCCGUGGUUGCCUACAAGUGUUUCGACACCAUUGGAUUUGCUUGGACGGUCCGAAUAAUGGCGGCUAUCAUACUCGCUAACAGCGCCGUCAUUGUCAAGUUCACCCGGUCAAGGAUUGUCCCGAGGAGUAUGCCUCCCUGGGUGGAUUUCAGUGCAUUCCGCGAGCGGUCUUACCUCCUCUUCUCAAUAGGAUCAUUCCUGAUCUUUGAGGGGAUCUAUUUUGCAUAUAUCUAUGUCCGACAAUAUGCUCAGGUCCAUACCGGGUUCACUCCGAGCGAUUCACUUCUCAUUUUGAUUAUCAUGAACGGGGUUGGUAUUCCAGCCCGUAUUGCAGCUGCAUUUGUGGCGGACCGCUGGAUAGGUGCAGUAAGGACCUGCAUUGCAGUCUCCAUUCCUUGCGGGAUUGCGAUCCUCGCUUGGAUUGCGGUUCACACCCACUAUGGCAUGUUCAUUUGGGCCACGAUAUAUGGACUACUAGUCAACGGUGUACAGAGCCAAUUGCCAGCGGCAAACGCGUAUUUUGGAUCAAAAGACCCAGAAAAGUCCGGAAGGCGUGUUGGAAUGAUCACCACGAUCAACAGCAUUCCGCUGCUGACAGGCCCUUACAUCGCAGGGAAGUUGAUCGAUCUGCGGGGAGGCGACUACUUGUACGCGCAACUAUUCGGUGGCCUUUGCAUUCUGUCUGGAACAUUGUUUGUAAUGGGAUCUCACCUGUCGGAGGUCAAAACAUGUACAUAA